AUGAAUCCAGCCGUUCAAGAGUACGCUGCCCUAGCAGGCAGAAUUGCCCUUUUUCCGUUUACUUAUGUGAUAAACUAUGUGUAUCAAAUCUCCUGGACCGUUAUCAGGCUCUCUUUGGUAGUGCCGUCCCAGGUUGCGUUCAAUUACACAAAGGGUUAUGUUUCCAUACUAGAAGUGAGCCUAAAAGACAUCGACUAUCAACAACAGGCCUUGGUGGUGGGUAACUUGGUGCUUCGAGUGGUUCUUUUUCCAUUCACUCAUGUUCUUUUCUACAUCGUGCUUGGGGUUUGGCUCGUGGUGAAGCAUGUGCUCGUGGUGCCGCUUUUACUCAUGCUUCGUAUAACACUCUUUGGGUUGGUGUAUCUUCCACUUACACCGGUGCUUACGGCAGCAGACGUUGAUUACGACAAGAGUACUACAGUUGAAGGGCUGCUUCUUCAGUUGGUGGUGCACUCGGCACCACAUGUUGCUUUUUUCACGUUGCAUCUUCUUCACUACGUGAUAAUAGCCUUGGUUACAGGUGCCAUCGUGGGCUGGUUCACUGGGCUUAACUUGAGCCUUGUAAGUAAAGUGUUUACGCCUCCACCAUUGGAGGAGGCAAUUCAGGAAGAGAUUACAAAGACCAAGGCCAAGAUGGACGAGUUGAAGGCACAACUUCCAAAGAUAGAGGAGCUUAAGCCCAAAGCAGAGGAAUUGAUUCCUCUUAAAUCAGCCGUCAAGAAAGAACCAGAAGAACAGCUUGCUCCAGCAGAGCUUUCAGUAGCCGAUAUCGUUCAGAAUGAGCCGAAAUCAACGCAACGAGGGAAGGUUGAUUUCAGUGCAACCGGUACUGAACUCGCCUACGAAGACGAUGAUGGAUAUAAUUACAUGCGGUAUAAAGACGAUGAGCCUCCAAAGCCUUCAAGAGACCCACCGGUAGCAACCAUCAAGGAAGAGCCCGAGGAGGCCGAGGAGGAGAUUGAGGAGCAUCUGGAGUCAGGAUCAGCGUCUGGAUCAGGCACAGGAACAGCGGAAGGAUCCGAGGAGCUGGGGGCCGACACCACACCGCUUCUGAGGAGCCAAAAGAAGAGAAGACAGAGACGUCGUAAAGAAGCUGCCAAGAGCGCACUAGCUCUGGCCCUGGCACUGACCCCAGCCACGGCCAACACGCCUGGUUUCAGCGAUGUAGGUGAAGCUUCUACGGCAGGAACCGAGGUGGAAGAGAAGAAACCAGGAGCCAAACAGUAA